AUGUCUCUCGUUAUAGUCGUCUCGCUCCUCUUGCUCUGCGCAUCGCAGCCGUCCGUCUUGGCGCAGAUGCCCAACACGCCAGGUGGGCAGAUCGGCGGCGAGGCGGGUAUCGAGCGAGCCAUGUCGCUUUUCCGAUUAUGGGAGGAGGCCUACGGAUUGAAACACGACAUCCACAUGCCACCCUCAAAGAUUUCCUUGCCGGCCAUCGUGCCGCCCGCUCCGCACCUGGAGGAGUGCGAGGCGCUGACAGCGGCGAGGACGGCAUCGGAGAAACGCGAAGGCAACGGGCAGCCUCCUCUGUGGGCACGGCCUGCUGUUAACUGCUCCGAAUGCAACCCGCAACCACCAUGGGUGCGCGGAUCCGACGCGGACAAUUUACCGCUGACGCGCGUUGCGCAGCGGGAUCUGUGGGAUCACCAGAUGUUCAACGGUCGCUGCGACGGCAAGCGCCUGCUCGUCGUGCCGUGGCCCAGAGCGGCCCGUCACGGCGUGGGCUCGCAGGUUCACAUAAUGAGCGCUUUCCUGAGCCUGGCCUUGAUCUACAACCGCACACUCGUGCCCACGCCUGGCUCGUACGACCGCGCGCUCACCGAGAUAUGCAAUGCCACCAAAACGGGCGGGUCGUGGAGUUGCUACUUCUUCCCCAUGGUGAAUCCCGACUGCGACCGCGUGGUGACGGAUAUGAUCGCCAAGAACACCAUGCCAGCCCUUUCCUCGGACGACAAGGCCCACGACCGCAUCGCUGCCUCGGAAGACCUGGUCGCUCACCUUGACUCCAACGCCGACAGGGAGCUGUCCUAUGAGUCGCGCGCUGCCAAGCUAUGGGGCGAUGCAUACGAAAGGGCCCCGGUUGAGUUGGAUGUCAUGGGGGAGCAGCCGCGAGUUGACAUCAGAUACAAGAUGACGAACUGGUGGCGCUCCCAGACGACGCGCUUCAUGAUGCGCUGGCCCUCGCCGCACAUGUGCCACGAGACCAACAAGGUGCGCCACACCGCCUACGGCCUGCACACCGCGUCGUACCUCGCGCGCUACCAUGAAACCCAGUCCGAGAUCAUACGGGCCGUUGCGGGCAACGCGUCCGAGACAGACGAAUCCAAGAAGCUUGUCGGGAUUUCCACUGGCCCUCCAGGGCCCAUCGAGACUCAAAUAUGGCCUGUCCGGGGCUUCGAGGGGUGUAAUGAGACGUGUAUGAGCGCGGCGGAUGCCAAGGCGAUUAAGGAUAGUUACGCAUCGGUGGGAGGGGAGCCGUUUGUGAUGCGGCCGAUUGUGAGCCUGCACGUGCGUCAGAGCGACAAGGGUGUUGAGAUGCGCUUGUCGCCGUUCGCCACGCACAUGUUCCUUGUGCAUCGGCUGCGGCGCUUCUCGCCGGACCUGCGAUACGUGUGGCUCAAUACGGAGGUGGAGUCUGUGGUCAAGGAAUCAGCCUUGUACACUGAUUGGAGGUUCCUCUACUCCUCCAACGCGCGCCAGCCCGUGGAUUCCAGGGGGAACCGCGAGUAUGAGUUCAAGCAGUCAGUUACAGAGAGCUUCGCGAGCGCUAUUAUUGCGUCACAGUGCGACUACUUUGUGGGUGCGCUUGGGUCUAACUGGAGCCGAUUGAUAAACGAGCUGCGCUCGACAAAUGGGAGGUUGCUCGCCGGUUACUUCACGGUGAAUAUUGGAUUCUGGUAG